CUGCACUAAAGCGCUUGGGUUUGUGUUACAUUCAUUUAAGACCCGCAACAUGGCAGGUCCAGAUCUAGUAAAAACUGUGGUGUACACGAUUAAUAAUAUAUUACAGCAAGAAAAGUAUAAAGCUGCACUUGCAGUUGUUAAAGGAUUCCGAAAUGGUGCUGUUUAUGGGGCAAAAAUCCGGGCACCCCAUGCUCUUGUCAUGACGUUUCUCUUCAGAAGUGGGAGCCUGAAAGACAAGCUGCGAGCCAUUGCAAAGGCCACGUACCAGCACUCGCGCAACCUAGCAUACUUUGUGUUCACGUACAAAGGACUGCAAGCCAUACAGGAGAGGAUCCAGGGGAAGAGUCUACAGUCUCAGUCCUUCUUUGCCGCCUGCCUCGGUGGCUGGUUGGUGUUUGGGGAAAACAACAACAUCAAUAGCCAGAUCAACAUGUACCUGCUGUCUAGGAUCCUGUUUGCCUUGUCUCGCCUGGCCGUGGAGAAAGGCAUCGUACCACAGCCCAAGCGGGACCCCUUCCCCCUGUUUGCUACCCUGGUGUGGGGCAUAGUGCUGUGGCUGUUCGAGUACCACCCCCACACCCUGCAGCCUUCGCUGCAGUCGUCCAUGAACUACCUCUACCAUGACAGCAACGUGUGGCACGACAUCUCAGACUUCCUUGUCUACAACAAGCCAAGGACUGUCGCUCCCAAGUGAGCUAAAGCUAAAAUAAGCAUCUCAAUAGACUCGUCUCCUUUCCUUCAUCUGGUCUGAAAGAACUGGACAGGGUGGAAAGCAAAUUCCCAGUAUGACUUUAGACUGUUGGGAUGCAGGCCAGGGCCUGUAUUUAAAAAGUGUCUCAGAGUAGGAGUGCUGAUCUAGGAUCAGUUUUGCCCUUUAGAAAAUAAUGAAUGAGAUAUAUAUAGAUAGAUAGAUAGAUAGAUAGAUAGAUAGAUAGAUAGAUAGAUAGAUAGAUAUAUA